UGGGAGAGCGGUGUCUGCAAGGGUUAUUCAACUUUUAGCUUCGGAUACUGCUCGGGAAGGGUCGUUGUUUUGUUACAGUGUUGUUUGACUGCAUUUACAGCAAUACAAAGAACUUGCACGAUGAGUGAUAGUCCGGUUAGUCCCUUGACUCUGAUCUGUGUGGGAUCCAGCUUUGCAUUCUCUGGGCUGUUUUACCAUUUGUACCAGCAGAAGAAACAAGAAAUACACAAAAUUGAGGAAAUCCCGAAGGUUCAGCUGAAUAAAGACCUGAUAAAGAUAUUGGCUGCUUCGCGCGGGAAAAGGCUCGGCUAUGCAGUCGUAGAAGGAAUCGUUCAGCCACAGGGGGAGCCCCUGGCCAGCCAGUACGUGCCCAGAUGCUUCGGAGUCAUUCAAAAGGUCAUUGUUCAGGAGCACAAGAAGGUCUGGAGCAGCAUCACAAACAAGUGGAACGACAGAAAGCAGAACACAAAGGAGAGCACCAACACUGUCCCCUUCAGCCUGGUCCCCCGUGGAGGUGACGGAGGAGAUGGGGUCUCUAUUCAGGUGGUCUCCCCGCUGGAGGCCUCCAACCUCUGCCUCGAACCCGUGUAUCGCCGCCUGCGCAAGGCCCAGGAGGGCUUCGUUGACUACAUAGCACAGGGGCUGAGUGGGGAGAAGCCAGUCGGGCUGCAGGAGACAGAGGAGAUGCUGCGGGUCGCCACCCUGACCGGAUUCGGGGAGUUGGUCCUGGAGCCUGGGAGAGUCCUGAAGCUGCAGCCCCCGCUGGACGGACAGGAAUAUCUCCUGCUCCUCUCUGACUACAAGAGCUUCCUACAGCAGCACCAGGCGUCCCUCAGCAUGUGGAAGGUUCUAACGGCUCUCUCUGGGCUCGCAGGAGCCACUCUGCUGGCCUACAUUAUUUAUAGGAAGUAUUGGAGGCAAAGAGACAACAGCCAAGCCUGAACCCACUGGCUUGUAUUUUCCAAUCUGUGCAAACUGCAGGCAAAUUACCUCUCCUUAUUGAACGUAUGAUAUGGGCAGUUUGCACACAGUGGAAAAUCAGACCCAUCAACUGUAUUGCGUCAAUUGCAAUGGACUUGAGAAUUAUGACCUUGGUUCUGUAUUAAGUUGGGUGCUGGCUGGGAGAGUGUUUAGGUUCAUUGCAAUUGAUAGUUCUGCAGACUGUCAUGGGUACUGUCCUCCACCUGCAUCAACCCUGUGCUCAAACGUUGGACUGUUUACACCACUGCUGGCUAAUGGAUAGGACUCCCAUUGUGUAGCAGUUUUAAGCCAUUUUGCUAUAAAGCAUAGUCUUCUUUAGGAAAACAAUCAGCUGACAAAAAUUAUACAACAGGGCACAAACAAACAUUCUUGUCUAAUAAAGGUGUACGUUGUUAACAAAACAAAAA